AUGGUCCGAUACACCAGCCCGCCUCGAUACCAGGCUCAGACGCUAAAGGUUUGCGAGCGCUUCUCGGCAGGCGGCACCGUCUGCUUCGAGUCCGCCGAUAAUGUUAUUUUCCACGUCGAUGGUCGGCUUCUGCCGCACCAUGCGCCUGGCUUUCCCGCUACCUCCGUCGGCGAUGCGGUAUCGCUUGCAGAGGACGCGGAGACGCUCGAGCACCUGUUGCGCAUCGUCUACCAGGAGAAGGGUGUUCGGCCCCCGGACACGCUCCCGUUCGACCAGCUCGUCCUCCUAGCCGAGGCGGCGGAGAAGUAUCAGGCGUACGCGGCGUCGAUGAUGUGUAGGCUGGCUAUGAAAUCGCACGGCCGAACUCACACUUUGGAGGUCAUGGAAUAUGCAGCGAGAAGCAAAGACGACGACGUCCUGGAUGACGCCGCCACCUUCUCGGUGGGCUUGAACCCGAAGGACGUCUACGCUUCGAUUCCGGGGCCAUGCUUUGCAGCCUGGGUCCUCUACACCGACCAACACAGCACCCUCAUGCGCCACAUGACCGAAUACCGCUACGCCGGCCCCGUCUGCUCGCCCUGCGUCGACAAGGUCGUACGCAAUGCGGUGCUGCGGGGGCCGGAGGGGCUAGUGCGGCUCGAGGAGCUGUUCACAGAGGCGGUGCGGCUCGAGGAGCUGUUCACAGAGGCGGUGCUGUAUCCCACGGACCGCGGGGCGUGCACGCGGGGGAAGAGCGAUACGGGAUGCCGGGAGUACCUGCGGGAGUGGAAGGCGCGAUUGGAGAGGGCGGUGGAGAGGGUAGAGCCCAUGUCGAGUUUCUUGUCGUGA